UCAUGCAAACUUCCUACUUUGAUCAGCAGAGGGUGGAGAGGGGAAAAAAGCGCGCAAAGGCCGCGGGGCUGCGGCGCGGUCCGGGCGCCCUUGGCGGCUCCACGCCCCCUUCCGGAAGGAGCCGCGGGGACGCAGGCUCCUGCACCUUGACCCGUCUAGACGGCCCAGAAGUUUUUGUCUCUGUUACCAAGGGCGAGGGGUGCUCUUUGACCCGCGCCUGGAGCGAAGGUGGUGGCCGCGGAGUCCCUGCUGUAUUCCGGCUGAAUUGCGGAGGGAGCGGGGACGCACGGGGACGUGCACCAGCUGUUCCCAAAGAGAGCUGCGCGGAGCCCGCCGGGGAGAGGUGCGGCGCCCUAAGCCCCUCGCCCGGGGCGGCGCGCAGCUGCGGCCCGAGCGGACGCACGGCCCCGAGGAGGAGCGAGCGGAGGAGCCAAAAACUUUUGACUUCUCCAACUUCUUCGCGAACCGCGGGAGAGUUUUGCAACAAGCUUCUCUCUGCCCGCACCCACCCCGCACUCCCUCCGUCUCCCUUGACAAAUCCCCCUAGUCCAGUCUGAGGCGUUCUUAGUCGACCUCUUGGACAACGUGUGUGAGCGAAUGAACGACUACCAGCUUAAAGAAGACCCAGUGACGAAGGAGAAAACUUUCACGAGAUACGCUCCACGGAAGGGGGACAAAGUGUACAAAGAGUAUAAAAAGUUCUACUUCUAUUCCGAUGCCUACAGACCUUUGAAAUUCGCGUGUGAGACUAUAAUAGAAGAGUAUGAAGAUGAAAUAUUCGCACUUAUCGCCCAGGAGGCACGCUCUCUAGCUGACAGGCUGUGCAGCGAAAAAUCAGGUCUGUGUGGAACUCCUGCUAACCAUACUGAACUCUAGGAAGGAGGUGCCACUAGUUAUAAAGAAGAGUAAAGCCACAUCCUCAAAGGUCAAAGCCUGCCUUUUCUGUUUGCGUGUUGUCCGUCAUGAUAGGAAAAGUUGUCUCUUAUUUGUACCAUGUUUAUCUCAUAGAUGAUGACUUUUUUGAAACUCUGUUGUUUGGCAUCAACAAACUUGACUUUCUAUAGGUAAGGCUGAAAGCAUGUAAAAAUGAAAUGACCUUAGGUAGAUUUUGAUCAGAACAGGUUUGACAAGAAAGCAUGUAGUACGGUGGUGGGAAAAAAAGAAGACCUUUCAUAACCCAAGGAGGGAUUUCACCAUGCGGACUGUAUGCUUUAUGGUAAAUGUUUAUGCACAUAGGCAAAUGCCAUGUACCAUUUUGGUGAGAACUAGAUUCGGUGUCUGAAAUCUGUUGACAGGCCACUUAUUUAAGGAAAUAUAUUGCAAUGAAUUCCAAAUUCAGUCCUCUGGGUUGUGUAUGGCUGUUGGUGAAAGAAAUGAACUCACUUCUUUAAAAAAAAAUCAAGGAUGAAAUUUACAUUUCUAGAAACGAUGAGUUUAAAAACUUCAUUUCUAAAAUCGGGUGGAGUGCCUCAAAAAUAAUGGGUAUUUUUAUAGUGAACAGUGAUUGUAUUGGCCUCUCUGAAACAUGCGUUCUGAGUUCCAGUGAUUUGGAUAGAUGAUGGGAGAUGACAUUGUGCAUUAAAAUUGACACCAAUGACCAUG